AUGGAGUGCAAACAAAAUCAAUGUUAACAUACUAAUCCUGUCCCUUAUAACAAUAAGUUCUUUUGCAAACUUUGCGGAAUCCAUAUGCCUUAGGAUGGAAAUGUGGCUAUAAAAUCAGCUAAAUUUUCAUUUCCAGGCUAUAUCAAUCCCAUCUAAAAUCUAAAAAGUCAAUGGAAUAGAUCAGUUCCUGUUGCCCAGUUACCAUUAGAUUACUAAAGACAACGUAUAUCUAUGAUUGAUUAUAUGAUGGAAUGGAGUGAAAAACUUGGUUUAUCUAUCAAUUCUCUCUUCUUAGCCGUUCAAUUCUUAGAUUAUUUUGUAUCAUAAAAAAAGGUGGACCCAAUUCAAUUUAGAUUGUAUGGAGCCACUUGUUUAAUGCUAGCAGCUAAAUCAAUAGAAUUAGAUGAAAGAAUCCCUUUCAUCAGUAAACUCAGAAGAUAUACUUAUCUACCAUAUGCAACUAUAGAUUUCAGAAAAUGUGAAUGUUAAAUCAUCAAAUAGUUUAACUGGAAUUUAUAAUACACUACAUUAAUAGACUGGGCUGAGACUGUAAUAUCAUUAGGAAUCGUAUACGAAUAAGACGAGUUAUCUUAAACUGAAGCUAUUUUGAAGGAAAAAGCAACAAAUAUCCCUCAAUCCUAACAAGCUCAAUAAACUAAAUAAGAAAACAUUAAAGAAUAAGUAGAAUCCACACCUAAAAAGUCUACUUCUACCUCUAUUUCUAGAAAUGUUUAUAACAAAGUUUAAGACUAAUUUACGAAACUAUGUUUGACCCUAUUGAAAGAUGGGUCUUACCUAGACAAGGAUCCUUCUGAACUGACACUAUCUCUAAUAGGAUGUGUUCGAAAAACAUGUGGUCUAAAAACUCCAUUACCUAAAUGUUUACUAGAAUUAUAUGAAAAUAUCCAACCUAAAUUCCAAGAUUCCAUAGUUGAUUUAUUAUCAAAGUAGACUAAAUAACCAACCUCUGUUGUUGGCAAGGCAUUCACAAACGACCUAGACUUUUUCAGCUUAUAAAAUUACAAAAACCGAGUUAUAUGA